GCAGAAAGAAGCUACGAACAAUGGAACACAUUCAUCUCUCUGUGUUUAUAGUUGUGGCCAUCUGUAGAUGUCAAGGUGAACAACAUUUCAGCUCCUCUGAAACUUUGCAUUUCAAAUUCGCAAACCACAAAUGGAUGAAGAAAAUUCAAGAUCUGCCACUAUCAGCUAUAUCGAUUCCCGGCACACACCAAAGCAACCGGCACUCACAAACAUCUCCUCCAGCAUUUCAAGCAUGGGGUCUGCACAACCAACUGGAUGCCGGCAUACGAUUUUUUGAUCUGCAUGUGACCUCCAGCAACAUACAAUAUGUAAAAACUGAAGGCGUUCAGGAAUCUGAAACAUUUUUUUAUGCUUUUAGAACUCUGCAGACUUUUCUUGUGAAACAUAGGAAAGAGACACUGUUGCUUAGAGUUACUCCAGAUGAGGGAGCUGUUGCUCAAGUCACUGAGUGGUUGAGUCGGGGUGAUUUGCCUUUAUGGAGAGACAAAGAUGUUCCCACACUUGGCCAGGUGCGAGGAAAGAUAGUCUUGGUCCAGAGUUCAACUUUAAAUCUAGGACUUCCUGUUCAUGUCACAGAGUUAGACACAGAGAAGGAUAAAAAAGAAACACAAAUGAAAGAAAAUAUCAAAUUAGCUUCACAAAACUGUGAACAUGAUAUGAUGCUGACAUAUACUGGGUCCAAAGGUGGAUCAGAGGAGCCGUUAGAAAUUGCCAAAACACUCAACAAACAGGUUGAUGAUUACCUUCUUGAACUAAAAGGAGACACAAAUAGACCACAUUGUGUAGGUAUUAUUGCCAUGGACUUCCCUGGCCCAAAAGUAAUUCAAACAAUCAUCGAUUUUAAUGGCAAAUUAGGAUAUAUGUCAAAGAAAUUACAGGACACAGAUGUAGCCGUACCGGAAACUUUUGAGAGUGAUGGAAAAGAAGAAAAAACUGGCAAUCAUCCAUCUGAAGAUAACAAACAUCCAUCUGAAGAUCACAAACAUCCAUCUGAAGAUCACAAACAUGCAUCUGAAGAUCACAAACAUCCAUCUGAAGAUCACGAACAUGCAUCUGAAGAUCACGAACAUACCUCUGAAGAUCAUGAACAUGCAUCUGAAGAUCACGAACAUGCAUCUAUCAUGAACAUCCAUCUGAAGAUCAUGAACAUCAUGAACAUGCAUCUGAAGAUCACGAACAUCCAUCUGAACAUCACGAACAUCCAUCUGAAGAUCACGAACAUGCAUCUGAAGAUCACAAACAUCCAUCUGAAGAUCACGAACAUCCAUCUGAAGAUCACGAACAUCCAUCUGAAGAUCACGAACAUCCAUCUGAAGAUCACGAACAUCCAUCUGAAGAUCACGAACAUGCAUCUGAAGAUCACAAACAUCCAUCUGAAGAUCACGAACAUCCAUCUGAAGAUCACGAACAUCCAUCUGAAGAUCACGAACAUCCAUCUGAAGAUCACGAACAUGCAUCUGAAGAUCACAAACAUCCAUCUGAAGAUCACGAACAUGCAUCUGAAGAUCAGAAACAUCCAUCUGAAGAUCACGAACAUCACGAACAUGCAUCUGAAGAUCACAAACAUCCAUCUGAAGAUCACGAACAUCACGAACAUCCAUCUGAAGAUCACGAACAUGCAUCUGAAGAUCACAAACAUCCAUCUGAAGAUCACGAACAUCCAUCUGAAGAUCACGAACAUGCAUCUGAAGAUCACGAACAUCACGAACAUGCAUCUGAAGAUCACAAACAUCCAUCUGAAGAUCACGAACAUCCAUCUGAAGAUCAUGAGAAUCAUCCAUCAGAUGAACAUGAACAUCCAUCUGAAGAUCACAAACAUCCAUCUGAAGAUCAUGAACAUCACAAACAUCCAUCUGAAGAUCAUGAGAAUCAUCCAUUAG